ACUCAGGUUUAAUAUUAAAAUCUGAGCUUACUGAAACGAUACAGUAAGGGAACAACAAAAGGAUGACAAAACAGAAUGACAAGAUGCUUAAUUAUUUAUUUAGGACAGCUGUAAGUAAUUACCAAAACUGCCAUUAAUUCCUAACAAAAAAUGUGUUAUUUUCAUCUUUUAAGAGGUAAAAAUGACUGAUUUAUUCUUUUAAAUCCGCUCAAACUGAUGAAACAAAAGAAAAAUUUAUAUUUUUUGGCUGAAAUGCUGUGUUUGUUUUGAUGAAUGACAUUUUCGAACCCCCAGAGACCCCUGUAGAGCCUUCUGAGCCGCCGGGUGAAGGACCCGUGGAUUUGGAAGAGGAGACGCCAACGCUCCUACAUUCUCUGUAUGACCGGAUCUCUUUCAGAGCAGGCCUCAACAGGCAGAAUCAUCGUCAAGAUGAAGGUACAAAUUGCAGGUUUUUGCUCUUGACCACAUUAUUUUUUUUUCUUAAAUAUGAAAGUUGGCUUGGACUUUUUAUUAAACACAAAUCUGGACUUUUCUUUGUCAAAACUCACAGGAAGUUUUUCUUUCUUUCUGGAAAAUGUGUCCAAGUGGAAGGAUUGAUAGAAGAUUAGAGCAGUUUUAAGCAUUACCUCAUGCAUUCUCAAGGAAUGUGCAUGUAAGGUGAAAAAAAUCUGUUGCCUGGAGCUAUAUCACCAAGCAGAGAGCAAAAAAAAAAAAAAAAAAGCAGCAGAGGGAGAGCAGGUUAUUUUUUCUUCUUUAUUAGCUUAUCUAAUUCCCUUAUUUCCAGGGGAUGUUUAAUAAAAUGUAUGUGCAACAUUUAAAAAUUGAUCAGACUCCACACAGAGCUCAAACACCUGCUUGCAGAACUUCCUCCCCUCUCAUUUAGGAGGUGAAACAGGAGGGAAAAACAUUCCUCAGCCCCUUUCCCUCCCCUUCCCUCUCAGCUUUUCACAUCUUUACCUGAAUAAUUCUGCUUUGAAGUAUGACAGCACGGAGCUGCAACAGCUGCAGACAUCCAUUACCUCCUGGUUCCUCAUUCUGCUGUGUUUGGAAACUCUUGGGUUUCCAUUGAAAUGAAUGGUCAGGCCUAAAAAAGGAUGCAAAAUAAUAGAUUUUCUGACUUUAUCUAAGUAGUUUUAUGUCUGAACUGACUAAAACUGUCCAGUGAAGACUUGACAGUGAUGAUUGACGAUCAAGUGUUGCCUCAGGACUUGUCCAACACUUGCCUCCAAGAAGUGGAGGUUUUCUGUUUGAGUGAAGAGCAGGCACAAGUUUCCUUCCUGACUCAAGCAUCAACAAAGUGUCAUGUCUGAACCCUCUGGUCCCCAUGAUGGAUCCGUUCGCCGUGCUGAAACAUGGAAGGACCUGAAGUCUUGUGGCGGUGAUGCGUCUGACUUGAAGCAGAGUCUGCUCUGCGAUUGCAGCUGCGGUUCCCACCUGUCUGCUGGGACAGGUCAGGGCACGGAGGGGUUAGAGGGCGUCAGCAGCGGGGCUGUUCCUGGUGGUUUUCCAUCAGGAGGGCAGAUUUUAAAACCUUCAGAACAGGAGGAGAGUUCCUGCACAGAUGAAACCGAGUGCAUGAAAGAACCAGAGGGAUGCUCGUUGGAUUCACUCCGAAUAGUGAAACACAAGCCGAGUGCCAUUGUGUUCUGUGACUACAACCACACUCCUGACAGCCAGGAGACUGUUCCCAAUGAGAGCUCCGACGGCAAGGAGUCAUCCUCGUCCAGCUUGAAGGCAGAGGAGGGGGACGAUGACUUCCCGGAGACCUUACAAUAUAAGGAAUUCCUGGUCAGUCGCCAUCGCAGGAAUUUAAGCAGGAACAGGAAGUGCUUGAGGAGGAGACAGGACUUCCUGUGUCAUGGCGCUGUGCCUGAGAGGCCCAACAACAAGGACAAACCUGGGUUCACAGGUGACCUGGAGGAAGAGGAGGAACAGAACAGACAGGUAUGAAGAAUUACUGCGCAUUUCCCCUAGAACAUUUAUUUUUUUAUGCAAAAGCUCACUUUUUGAUGGCAUAAAAAGACAGUUUUUCUCAAAAUAAAGGCUUUCAUCUUCCCAA